UUCGACUGAGUUCUCUAAGUUUGUUUUCUACCAUUUCCGAUCGUCGAAUCGACAAUCCAAUACUGUUUUUAAAAUGUCAGAGAGGAAGGUUUUGAACAAAUACUAUCCACCAGAUUUUGACCCUUCGAACAUUCCAAAAAUGAAAACACAGAAAAACCGACCGUUUAACAUCAGGAUAAUGGCACCAAUGAACAUGAGGUGUGAUAAUUGUGGAGAGUACAUUUAUAAAGGGAAGAAGUUUAACUCGCGUAAAGAGGACGUCGAGGAUGAAUUCUUCCUGGGACUCCGUAUCUUCAGAUUUUACAUCAAGUGUCCCCGCUGUGUGUCAGAAAUCGCAUUUAAGACUGACUUGGAGAACACGGAUUACACUCUAGAGGCGGGCGCUACACGACUCUUUGAGGCAGAAAAAUUAGCAAGGCAAAUGGCGGAAAAAGAAAUCAAAGACAAAGAAGAAGAGGAACUGAACAACCCAAUGAAGGUUCUAGAGAACAGAACAAAGGCAAGCAGGAAAGAGAUUGAAGAAAUCGAUACACUUGAAGAAUUACGGGAUAUGAAUGCACGUCAUGCUAAAGUCGAUCACGAAGAUAUGCUGAAAUUUCACGCUGAGUACGAGAAACAACUUAAAAGAUUACAGGAAGAGGAGGAGGAGAAAGAAAUCAGGGCUGUUUUUGGUGAGUUGAAUGGUCAGAGCAUUAAACGACUCCAUGAUGAGGACAAUGAGGGGCCACCAGCUAAGAAAGGACCAGUCAAUGCAGUCAGAGCUACAGAUAUUUUAACGCUUGAUGAAGAGGGAACCAGUAAACAGAGCACCAGUAAAACAACCAAACCCGCCGUGUGGGAAAGAAGCAUAGGAUCAGUAGGAAGCAAGGCCUCACUAAUGAAGCUGGUUAAAAGUAACAGAAAAAAGGGAAAUAUUGUAACAAGGAACACAUCAGAGAGCAGUCAGAAGGGAGAUAACUCUGCUGAAUCAAAGCAGGAAAAAGGGAUUGGGGAGACAUCGGAUUGUGGUCAGAGAUUGGGAGGAGAAUCAGAAGGUGAAAAAAGGGUGACAGGACACACAGAGGAAAAAAAGAAUCUAAAGGAUUCCACUACUUCAUCAGGCUCCUCUCAGACAGGAAGUACCUCAGCACUAAGCAUGCUGGGUAAUUACUCAGACAGUGAGGACAGUGACACCUAGUGAGAAAAGAUUGAUUCAUUCAGUGAAAACAGACAGGAAGUAGCUCAGCACUAGGCAUGCUGGGUAAUUACUCGGACAGUGACACCUAGUGAGAGGAGUGUAAAUACAGUGAUUUAAAAAAAACAACAGCUCUUGAAUACUAAUUUUUCAUGAUUUCAGAUUGAAUUCAGUGAUGUCAUGUCGAGUUUCUCUUUUAUCAAGAGAGAACUUGAGUCUAGAACUUUGUAGCAUAAAUAGUUAGAGUCAUUCGCUCUGCUUCUGGUAAUUGUUACUAAUGACCGAGAGCCAGGAACUACUUACAUACAGUCAUUUAAGUUGGAGGGUCGUAGUUGGAUGUGUCAAGUUCUCAGGAUUAAUAUGGUUAAGUGCAGAAUCAACAACUGUGACAAGUUCAACAACCAAGUCACAUGGUGUCUUUAUAUCUUAAUCAAGCUACAGGGGUUCAACCUACACAUUUAUAUAUAUACAAUUAAUGUAUUUGUAAAGCAGUGUUUAAAUAUUUAACAAAAUUUAACACAUUUUAAAUAAAUAAAAAGCCAAUGAAGUGUGUUUAAGAUACACAUUGUGACAAUAAGUGGUUUUAUAAAGUUUAGAAGUUCUUUUUAUGUAAGAAAUUGUAUGUAUUCCAGAGUUCUGAGAGAAAUGAUUUUAUCAUUUUUUAAUUUCUUAGAUUUAGUCAAGUUAAGUAUGUUACAUGUGCCUGUUGACAGAAUAAUUAACAUCUUUAUUUAUUUCUCAAUUCUAUAUCUCUAUAGAAAUAAAUCAAUUAAAAAAACA